AUGUCCCACGGCAGCUUGCAGGCCACGUUUGCACGAGGCGGUUCCUCGACCGGCCUUGUGGUCCUACGCUCCCAGUUACCCGAAGACGUCAAAGCAUGGCAGCCCAUUCUGGCCGGGGCAAUGGGCAGUCCGGACCCGAAUUGGCGGCAGUUGAAUGGCAUGGGCGGCGGCAUCUCCUCCACUAGCAAAGUCUGCGUGAUCGAGGCUUCCGAUCGUUCAGACGUCGACAUCAACUACACCUUUGUGCAAGUCGGCGUGGAUGAUGGAGAACUGGGACUGGUGGGCAAUUGCGGGAACAUGUCCUCUGCGGUUGGACCCGUGGCGCUGAAUGAAGGGCUCGUGGAUGAGAGUCAGCUGUUCGAUGAUGAUGAUGAUGAUGAUGAUGAUGACGGAGGGAAGAUGGCGAUGGUGCGUAUCUUGAACACCAAUACCAACAAGAUCAUACAUUCCACGUUCAAGGUGCAGAAGACUGGCGAGACAUUCAAAUUCAAUCCAGAUGGGGACUAUGCAAUCGAUGGUGUGGGUGGGACAGCUUCGCGCAUCACCCUCCGCUUCAUCGACCCGGCAGGCGCGAAGACGGGCAAAGCGCUGCCUUCGGGCAGUGCCUCUGACAAACUCGAGCUGCCUGAAUCCGACGGUGGACCCAUCGAAGCCAGCCUCGUAGAUGUCGCGAAUCCCGCCGUCUACGUACGAGCCAGCGAUCUUGGUGUCGAUGGAGCAAUAAAGCCCGACGCACUACAAGCUCAGCCCAACCUCAUGAGCCGACUGGAAAAUAUUCGUCAAGCUGGUGCUCGGCGGAUGGGAAUGGAUCCUACCGUCAAGGGGGUGCCGCUUAUGGUCAUGGUCGCUCCUCCAAGCGAGGCCGCGGCCACCGAAGGAGUCCACAUUCAAGUUCGUGCGAUAUCGAUGCAGCAGGCUCACAAAGCGCUGCCUGUGACUCUGGCUCUAAAUGUCGGAUCGGCUUGUGGAAUCGCUGGUACUUUGCCUGCGCAGAUGGUGCCUACAUCUGCUUCGAAGGAUUCCAUCACCAUCUCGCAUCCUGGAGGUCUGAUCGAAGUCGGCUGCAAUGUCCAAGACGGAAAGAUCGAAAGUGCGAUGCUGCAUCGGACUGCCAAGAUACUGAUGAAAGGCGAGGUGUAUUACUGA